UGUAACCAUAUUCCCCUCCCUCGUGCCCUGUACUGUGUGACAAGGCUUUCGGUGACAAUAUCUGUGCCUUAGAUUACAUUUUCAUACAUAAUCACCAAUAUCUGUGUGUUCUUUUGACUUUUCAUAUGUGCUGCUUGGAAUAGAUUUUUUUUUUCAGAGAAGAAUUGAAGAGUGCAAGUUAUCAUGAUAAAAACAAGAGUCUCUUCUCAUGUCCUGAGUUUUUCAAAUGUUAUCCUUUUGCUUACUGACUGAACAUAGUUUUGUUUUGUUUUCAAAUAGAGCAGAGACUGCCUGAAGUUUGGCCCACCUGCAGAGGGAGAGGUUGUUCAAGUAAAAUGGUCAGAUGGAAAACUUUAUGGUGCAAAAUAUCUUGGAACUAAUGUAGCUUAUAUGUACAAUGUAGAAUUUGAAGAUGGCUCCCAGAUAGCAACAAAAAGGGAAGAACUUUACACUCUUGAUGAAGAAUUACCCAAAAGAGUGAGAGCCCGUUUUUCUACAGCUUCUGAUAUGAGGUUUGAAGAUACUUUCUAUGGCGCUGAUAUUAUCCAAGGACAAAAGAAAAGGCAGCGAGUAUUGAGCUCCAGAUUUAAGAAUGAGUAUGUGGAUGAUCCUGGCUACCGCAGUUUCCUGAAAGCCUCAUUCCAAAAGAAGUGCCAGAAGGGACUAUAAAAGAAGGAAAGGUCUCAAGUUCACUUUCUCUUGGGGUAUGAAGAGGAUGAAACUUAUUCAAUGCUGGGCAAAGAAAAACAAAUGUAAUCUUUUUCAAGAUGUGCUCUUAUUCAUUCAGGUGUCUAGCUAGUGGUUAAAUGCAUUAAAUAAAUGUAUAUCAAGAACUUUUCUUGAAAGUAUUUGGAACCCAUAAAAAUAUCUUGAUGCUAGGGCUCCAAUUUAGGCUUAAUUUGUUAAACAUUUGAAUGUCUGAUUUGCAUUGAUCAACAUCAGUUUUGGAAAAAGAAGCCCUGUUGAAUAGCAGGAGUAAGAGCUACAAUCAGAGCUUUGCCUUGAUUCCCUGAUACUUCCAAAUUACCUAUCUAGAUCAGAAUCUUCAUCCCCAAAUGAUUUGUAUACUUUCCAUCAGUUUUAGCUUUCCACAGCAUUCGCUAAAACAAAUGCAGGUAUAAAGAGCAUUAUGAUCUGUAAGUACUGUGCUGUCAUCACUUUGCACAGGGCUAUUCACACUGUUUAUGCCUUUACUACUUAGAGUACUACUAGUAGUACUCUCUGGCUAGGAUUCAGUUAACAUGGGAAUUGGGAGGGGGUAUUAAUUAUUAAAAGACAGGUGUUUCUAAUGAAGGAUAUCUUUAGGAAAGGGAUGGGGAUGUAUAUUUAAAGAGGGAUAUUUUUGGCAUCUAUUUUUAAACUUUUUUUCAAGAUAUUCUUGGGGAAAGAAACAGCAAUUUGUACAAUAAAUGCCUCAUUGUGUUUAUAAAAUUACAGUUUACAUAUCUUUGCUUAGCAGGCCAGUUUUGAAUUAAUGUAAUAUAGAAAAAUAAUUUUGUCUUCCCUUUAUAAAUAAUAGUCUGCAAAUGUAAUAGUGUUUGAAAUAAAUAAAUGA